UAAUAUAUUUUAUGUUCUAAGAUAAUAUUUGGGAAUGUGUUUAAUAAAAUGGUAUGCCAACACCAAAAAGUGGACAUUGUUGUUGUGUAGUGGCAAAUAAUUUUUAUGUUUUCGGAGGGCAAUCAAACACUGAAAUAUUGAAUGAAUUUCAUAGAUUUAAUCUAGAAGAUAAAACUUGGAGUAAAUUAAAGAGCGAUUCAUAACCAAAUGGAAGAAGUUCAGCAGGAAUGUGUGGAGUUGAUGAUAUUAAAAAAAUAUAUUUAUUUGGAGGCACAUUAUUGAUAGUUGAAAAAACAAGUAAAAAGUAUAAUUAUUCUUUAAAUCAUCUAGUGAUCUCUAUGAAUAUGAUAUUCAAAAAAAUAAUUGGAAUAUAGUAAUGUCUUAAACUCAAGGACCAUGUGAUAGAUAUGGUCAUUCUAUGAUAAUAUCAAAUUAGUAAUUAAUAAUAAUAUUCUAUUGUUUAGUUAGAUAUUUAUUUUUGGAGGUGUUCACUAUGUUAAAGUAUAAAAUAGAAUGAAUCCUGAGUUUUUAAAUGAUUUAUGGGUCUUUUCUUUAAUAGAUAAAAUUUGGAAAAAACUUGAUGUAUUAUAAAAUUCAUUACCAAGCUUAGGGCAUAAAUUUAACCAUAAGCUAGAUAUAGACACACUACUGCUAUUAUUGGCAAUGAACUUUAUAUUAUUGGUGGUACUACAAAUUAAAACCGUUAUGGACAAAUUGUGAAAACUGAUUUUUCCAAUAUGACAUGGCAAUUUUUAGAGUUGGAAGCACUAAAAAAUAAAUCAAAAAAAAAUUUAUUCAAAGGUAGAUAUGGACAUGCUUGUUUUGUUAUAGAAAAUAUGGUUUACAUAUAUAGUGGUUAAGAUGAUGGAUUAUGUGAUGAUGCAUUAUAAUUAGAUGUUAUCUAAAAUAAAUGGAAGAGUAAAAAAUUUAGAGGGAAUAUACCUUCUCGUGAAUUCUUUAGUUUUGCCUAAACCUCAAAUCAAUUAUUCAUUUUCGGAGGAAGAAGCUAAUAGAAUCAAAGAUUAAAUGAUCUAUAUGUAUGGAAUCAUAACUUAAGAUAAGAAGAAUAAUAGUAUUGUACUUUACGAUAAGAUAUAGUAAUUAUCAAAUUUAAUUAAUAGUAUUCUUUAUUGGAAAUGAAUUAAAAUUGUAGUGAUUUGACCAUAUAUACCAAAAGUAGUACAUAAUUUGCUUUACAUAAAAGUUUUAUUUCGAUUAGAUGCCCUAUACUAUUAUAAAAUCAAAACCUCCAAUUUUCUGAUAUUUUGGUUUAAAUCUUAAUAAAAUAUAUUUACAAAGGUGAAAUCACAUUAGACUUGCUGAGUAAAGUAGAAAUUAGAGAGACUUUAUAGUUUUGUGUUUUUUUGUAGGAUGAUAUAUUUGCUUCAGCAAUUAUUUAAUAUUUUUUGAUUGAUUGUAGAGGAUAAAGUGAUUAUGAUUUCAUUGAAAAAGAGUUGUAACAACUUUAAAAUAAAGGGAAUGUUAGUGCUUAAAUUAAUUUUUUAUUGAAAAGUGUUUUAUAAAUGUUAGAAUAGCGAAAACAAAAAUAAUUUAUAAAUUUAUUUCAAUAAUAAAGAAUUAUCUUUAAUAAUAUUUAGAAUUAAAUUGUUGUUAAGUUUUAUUCAGAUAUGAGAAAAUUAUAAUAUCAUUCUGAAACUGAUACAGUAAUAAUUGCAUAAGAAAAAUAAAUAAAUGUUCAUUCAUUUUUGUUGGUUGCAAGAUCAGAAUAUUUUCGAGAAAUGAUUAAUUUUUAAAAUGGAGUUAUUUAACAGGUCUAAGUUGAUUUCGAUCCAUAGAUCUUAUAAAAUAUAAUUAACUAUUUAUAUUGUGGAUAUUAAGCUUUACAAAGAUAAAAUGAGGGAAAUUUCGAUCAUUUAAUUAAUGCAUAUAAAGCAUCAAGUUAUUUUAUGUUAAAUAAUUAAACAUUUUUAUAUUUGAUUUAAGAAGGAAUGGCUGAAUUUAUUAGUAAAGAAAAUGUAUUUGAUUUGGCUGAGAUAGCAGAAUAGAUAAAUGCAACAUUUUUAUUGUAUGAAUGUUGUACCUUUAUUUCUGAAAAUUUAAAAGGUGUAUCUUUAACAGAAUUGAGAAAAUUAUCAAAAGAAGUAUUAAUUCGUGUUAUAGAAGUAAUUGGAUAGAAAUAAUGA